AUGGUUGGGACAUACAACGGUAAAUACCCUGACGGAAGCAAAUCAUACGGUGGUUAUGCCGAUUACUGGAGAGGCCCUGCGUGGUUUGUCUUUAAAAUCCCAGAUGGCCUUCCCAGCGCGAUUGCAGCGCCUUUGCUGUGUGGGGGUACAACUGUUUUCUCACCGUUGCGUCGGGGCGGCGCCGGGCCGGGGAAGUCUGUUGGUAUCAUUGGGAUUGGAGGUUUAGGCCAUAUGGGGCUCCUUUUCGCCAAAGCUAUGAAAUGCGACAAAGUUGUUGCUAUAUCACGGACCAGCUCCAAAAAAUCAGAUGCAUUGAAUGGGUUGGGAGCGGAUGUUUUUAUUGCCACAGAUGAAGAAAAGAACUGGGCAAAGGCACACUCACGGACUCUCGACUUGAUUAUCUGCACGGUUUCGUCCGGGAACAUGCCCAUUGAAAAUUACCUCCGCCUGCUUAAACGUGGUGGUGAGUUUAUUCAGGUCGGCGCGCCAGAGGAUCCUUUCCCGGCAUUUAGAGUCGGGGUAAUGAUGGGGAAAGGGCUGAAGGUUGGUGCGUCGGCUAUUGGCUCCACGGAAGAGAUCAGGGCUAUGCUUGAGCUUGCAAACGAGCAAAGGGUGCUUCCUUGGGUACAAGAGCGGCCGAUGGACAAUGUGAAUCAAGCAUUGGUGGAUAUGCAUGAGGGCAAGGCAAGAUAUCGAUAUGUUUUGGUUAACAAGGUUGAAGGUAACACAAAGCUUUAA